GUAGUAGUCAUGAACUCGACCGGAAACGCUGGAUCACAGGAGGGUGGUAAUAGCGGUGAAUAUGGUAGUAGCGAAGAAACGGCUGCGUUGUUGACCCGUGGACCACCGCCGCCAGUUGUUGUUAGUAGUGGAUCUCAUCAGGGUAAACCAGUAUUAACGCGUCAGGAUCGGGCGACCUUUCUAGUUGCAUCCCCGCAAUUGUCGGUCUCUGGUUUGGGUGGCAGUGAAGAAAGCGGUACCAAUGAGGAUCCCGCCACCAGAAGUGUCCCCGACAUUGAAUUGCACUGCAGACUAGAUGGUGAACCACAGCAUUUACAACAACAGCAGCAAUGCCAUCACCCAACGACGACGACCAUUUAUCGUGCCAGACAGCCCUCACAUCAGUACAGCCGGUGUCGAUGCGACCGUCGAGAUUCACUCGCACCCUCAUCUGCGCUUCAUCUGGCACGCAGUGUCUCCAGGGAAAGUGUAAGAAGUGGUCACCAUUGUUGUCCGUGUCAAGCACCACCACCUCCAGUACUGGUGACAACAUCGCCAAGUACUCGAAUAAUAAGACAAAGUUCUCAGCCAGAAGCAUCAGCGUGCUGUUGUUCAGGAUGUUACUGUCCUCUACAUUCAAACACCGCACCGAGUGCAUCUUUGCGUCAAUUACGUGAACCCGGUGAUGGGAUUGCCGGGAUCGCCGCUGAUUCAUUGCGAAUCAAUGGUGGAAUUCGUCAAUUUCGACAGGUAAAUUAUUUAUCUUUCUAG